AUCACAGGAAACUACAAUGGAAAAAGGUGGUGGUGACGACAACAGUGGUGGUGGCGGCGGAGACGGUGGUGGAAUCGUCAUUGACUGGUAUGCCAUGGAAAAGGUUUGAAAUCACAUUUCUACCACAAGCUUCAGAUUUAUUUCGAUGAGCAUUCUCUGAUUAUCACUGAGGAAACUAUAAAUGAGUCGGACAAGAGAUAGAAAGAUGGUUGAAUUAAUUAUUAAUGUUUGAGAAGUACGGUUUUCCUUAAAUACUUGUUACCAUGCAGCCAGUGUUUUCCUUAUGUCUCUGGUUAUCAAUCUGGUUAGGCGUUGUUGGUCUUGCAUUAUUCAAUUAAUUGCAAACUAUUAUGUUAACAAUUUGUUUCAAAUUGCACAACUACUACUUUGGAAGUUGGAGAUGAAGGGUUCCAAGUGGUGAAACAAAAUGUUAACACAAUACAUUUGCAGUUAAAUAAUGCAAGACCAAUGACUUCUCAACACAAUAUGUUUGCAAUUAAUUAAAUAAUGCAUGGCAACAAGUAUGUAAGGAAAACUGUACUUCUCAAACAUUAAUUCAACCAUCCUUCUCUCUCUUGGCCGGCUCAUUUGCAGCUGCCUCAGUGACGAUCAGAAUGUUCAUUGGGAGAAAUUUGAAGCUUGCUUUAGAAAAUGUGAUGACAUUUUCCAUGGCAUCCCAGUUUGUGACAGUUCCAUGCUGGAUGGGAUAUUUGACCUUUCUUUCUUCCUAAACCAAUUUCUUUAUUGGCUAUAUAGAAAACUAACCUCAUAUUAGAAUACCUCCAAUCACAGGAAACUGCAAUAAAUACCGAUCCUCGGUUAUUUCUUACUGUGAUUUCUUACAAGGUUCUGUUCCACUCGGUGUUUAAUCUGAGUUAACAAAGUUUUACUUAGUUGUAUAUUUCCAGGUCCAACUUUUCUGUUUAUUAGACAAUGUUGAUGUUGCUCCUCAUGCUUAUCUUUAGGAAGUUAGCUGUGCAGCCCAUAAUGGCAGAUGAACUCUGCAUGUUUUGAUUUUUCAAGGAACCAUUUAUUUUGUGCGAGCAAUUACUGAAGUUGCCUGGAGAGAUGAAUCUGUUCGUAUGAUGGUCAACACCUGGGGAUGGUCAUGUUCAAUUCUGCUACAAAACAUCCUAAGUUAUUGAAUGCAGAGCAAAGUUUCCCUUUUCGUCUCACAUCCAAAAUGACAAAUGAAUGAGAUCCAGUUGUGGGAAUGAGCAGAUAAUUUUUUUGAACGUGAAGAUCGUUACUCCAUGCAUGCUGGAAUUUAAAGUGUUUAAUGUCUCGAUUUAAGCAGAUACAUGGUCGGGGAAGUUCUAUGUGUAGCUGUGUUAUCAAGGGAGAGAUGCAGUCCAUAAGUGACACCUCCUGGGUACCCAGAUCUGAAUUUUCAUUUUUACGUCAUGUAGCCCGAAAUAGACGCAGAAAAAUAUUGCUGAGGAGAUUGUGGAUUAGAUCAUGCAGCAGAAGUCCUUUACCUCUUAGUUCUAGGUCGUGGAUGGUGGAGACAUGGUUCCCUGGACAACCCUUAGCUCGAGCUAGAGAUGAAGGCAAAACUUUGGAUGAUACUGGAAGUGACCUUUUGGUUUCAAGGCAGUUGAUGUGGGAUUUGGACUUUGAGAAUAAGUUUGGCUCUGAAGAGAGAACUUGUGCAAUUAAGAAAGGUGCAGGUCCUUAUGGACCAUUCGGUAGGACUGACCAGCCUGUAGAGGAACCCUGGAUAUUCGAAUCUUCUGUCCUACUCCGAUCUGUUAGACCGGAAGAUUCUCCAAGUGGUGUAACAGAGAGAGACAAGAUCUCCGAUGACCUUGACGUGAAUGUUGCGCACUCCAACUCUUUGACUCACUCUACACGUGACCGAGAAAACACAGCAAGUUUCUUGCAUAACAGGAUCUUCAAGCCACGUGCCUCUAAAAACGAGUACCCUGUCGAGGAGCCUUGGCUGUUGCAAUCAUCUCUCGUACUUCAUGGUUAUGAUGAUAGAACAAAUAUAGAGAUUUCCAGGAAUGAAAGAUCUCUGGAAAAUGAGGCAAAAAACCUGGAGCCUGAAAAUCAGCACCCACAAAUUGCAGAAUUGUUGUCUUUCGGCGAAGGGAUUUGGGAAUCUGUUGGAGAUGAUACAGAAAAUCAGGAAACUUGUAAUGAGUUUGAGGAAGUUCGAGUAGAUGUGUCUCUAGAUGAUGAGAGCAGGGUGGCUAUGCAGGACUCUGUUGCCAAAGUUAUAUUGAUAAACUCUUCUCUUUGUACCAUGCAACGGAUUGCUGUUAUGGAGAACGAAAAAUUGGUUGAAAUAUUGCUGGAACCUGUUAAAAACAAUGUGCAAUCCGAUAGUGUAUAUUUAGGAGUAGUCACAAAAUUUGUUCCCCACAUGGGUGGUGCAUUUGUAAAUAUUGGGUGCCCCAGACCUUCUCUUAUGGAUACAAACCAUAAUUGGGAGCCCUUCAUAUUUCCUCCUUUUCGCCGCCGCAUAAAGCAAAGAAAUGUAAAUGGCUCUUUGCUUGUAUCAGAACAAGUAAAAAUCGACUGUAUUCAGGAGAUUGACAUUAGAGACGAUUCAGCUCGAACUAUGCUCUAUGAUUAUGGAGAGCAUGACAUGGAUGAUGAGUUAGAUGAGUCAGAAGACUUUUCAGAAAGGGUCAGUAGUGCAGUUGGUUCUGGUAAGCAAAUUAACGGCAAGAGAAGUUUACAUCUGUAUAACCAACACACAGAAAAUAGCAAGGGUUCCAAUACAGAUGAAAGUAAUUGGGGCCCAGUUCAGAAAGGCACUAAAAUAAUUGUACAAGUUGUCAAAGAGGGUUUGGGUACCAAAGGUCCUACACUUACUGCUUACCCAAAGUUAAGAAGCAGAUUCUGGGUUCUGAUGACUCGUUUCAAUAGCAUUCAUGUCUCCAAGAAAAUUUAUGGACUGGAGAGGACUCGCUUGCGAGUCAUAGCGAAAACUUUGCAGCCUCCAGGGUUCGGUCUGACUGUAAGGACUGUUGCUGCUGGCCAUUCUUUCGAAGAAUUGCAGAAGGACUUGGAUGGCUUGCUUUCAACAUGGAAAGAUAUUACUGAACAAGCAAAAUCCGCAGCUCUUGCAGCAGAUGAAGGUGUUGAGGGUGCCAUACCUGUUAUGUUACAUAGGGCAAUGGGGCAGACACACUCUGUUGUCCAAGACCUUUUUAAUGAUAAGGUGAAGAGAAUGGUAGUUGAUUCUCCACAGACGUAUCAUGAGGUUACAAACUAUCUUCAGGAAAUAGAUCCUGAUCUAUGUGAUCGAGUUGAAUUAUACAGCAAAAAGAAUCCACUAUUUGAUGAAUAUGAAAUUGAAGAAGAAUUGAACAACAUGCUUAGUAAAAGAGUACCACUAUCUAAUGGAGGUUAUCUAGUGAUAGAACAAACCGAGGCUUUAGUAUCUGUUGAUGUGAAUGGAGGGCAGUGUAUGCUUGGUCAUGGGACUUCACAGGAGAAAGCUAUCUUAGAAGUCAACCUUGCAGCUGCUAAACAAAUUGCUAGGGAAAUACGACUGAGAGAUAUUGGUGGCAUUAUUGUGGUGGAUUUCAUUGAUAUGCUGGAUGAAUCAAAUAAACGAUUGGUCUAUGAAGAAGUUAGAAAAGCAGUUGACAGAGACCGUUCAAUGGUGAAAAUCUCUGAACUCUCUAGGCAUGGACUGAUGGAGAUCACCAGAAAGAGGGUGCGACCUAGUGUGACGUUCAUGAUCAGUGAACCAUGUUCUUGUUGCCAAGCUACUGGGAGAGUCGAAGCAUUGGAGACUUCGUUUUCUAAAAUUGAGCACGGAAUUUGUCGAUUGCUUGCAUUAAUGGAGCGACCAAAUCUUGGAAGCCCCAAAUCUUGGCCAAAGUUCAUUCUAAGGGUUGAUAGGUACAUGUGUAGUUACCUGACGUCUGGUAAGAGGACAAGAAUAGGGAUCCUGAGCAGUUCCCUUAAAGUAUGGAUUUUGCUGAAGGUUGCUAGAGGUUUAACUAGGGGUGCAUUUGAACUGAAGCCACUAACAGAAGGCACCGACCAUGGAGACGAUGAUCGAGUCGCCGUGCUCACAUUAAGCCCAACACAGGCUAUGGAUGCUCCUAGACGGAAAAUCACCAUCUUCCCCAUCCAGAUUCGCGGCAAAUGACCAUUAUUCAGCAUCUACAACUGCAAGAUUUUGCCAUUUUUCGUUCUCCCACCAUCACAACAAUUUCUGUCUAUGUAACAGUUUCAUCAAUCCUAUUGCAAAUACUAUUCCAAAAGUAGAUCCGUUUUCUCAUCGAAUGGAGGUAAAAGGAACAGAUCCAAAGAAAUGCAAUUCAAUAACAAAAGAUGCAUGCAAAUUCUGCAUUUGGCUCAA